CGGUGCCUGCGCCGCGCCGCACCGUCCCGCCGCCUUCCUGCGCCCGCCCCGCCGAGGCGCCGCUCGCCGCUCAGCGCCGCCUGGCCUGGCCAUGCUGCGGCUGGAGCUGCUCUGCCUCCUCCUCCUACUCGGCCACGCCGGGCGGGCCGCCUCCCCCGCUCCUCCGGCCACCCCGAGCCCGCUCAACGGCACGGAAGCGCCGCGGGCGGCUGCGGGUAACGGGACGCGUCCGGGCCUGCCGCCGGCGUCGCGGCGGCCGCCGGGGUCGGGGCUGCCGCCGGGGUCGGGGCUGCCGGUGCUGAAGCGGGCGAUGUACGUGCUGAGCGCCCUCUCGGCGCUGGCCGCCCUCUACUUCCUUCUGCGGGCGUUCCGCCCUAGGUCAGAGGGACCCAGAAAUGAGCACAAAACUCAUUCCAGGUUGAAGAAACCUCAGCGCAAGAAAUACGGCCUUCUGUCAAAUUACGAUGAGAACAUAGAGAUGGCCUCUUUUGACAGUGACGAGGAUACAGUGUUUGAAACGAAAAAUCUGAGAUGAUUUGGGACCAGCGGCACCAACUGCACAGACUGACCAAGAGGGUGCAAGUCCAGUGGAAUCACCAGUGCUCAAGUUUUAUUUUUUUAUAUUUGCUUAUAAUAACUAUUAAUUAACAGUACAAAUACUUCCAUAGCUGGGGCAGGGGAAAAGGGGAACAAACCUGUUUCUUCACACACAUUUUUUGGGGGAAGGUGGAGCUGCAAGCUAAAUGAUGCUGCCUUGGGUGCUGUUAACUGUGCAGGAAAACGUAACUCCUGGAUGAAUGCUCAGCAUUUGAAAAGUUACUGCUCUGGACUCAAGUGCUGCAGCUGUGUCUGCUGGUAUUUUGUAGGUGCUCAUAUCCCUCUCUACUGACUGUGGCAGUCAGCUUGAAGUAUCAGGCAAGUGGAUUCCUUUUGCAGGCGGAUCCUCUUUCCUUCAUGCAGCAUCAGGUUACUCCUUUAGAACGUGUCUCUGUAAUCAGUUCUGAUCUAGUAGUAGCUGGGAGAACUCUCUUUUGUCUGUUACACUUGUGGUGGGUGUGGAUAGUGCUGUGUUAGUUCAGAGGGAGUAUAGCUUUGGGAAUGAGUUAAAUGCAUCAGUUUUCUUGUAGUUGCGGGGUUAGCAGUUACACAUGGUAAUACAGGUCAUGGGUUUACAGAACAAAGACAUGUUUACAGAUGAAAGGUGCCGCUUAGCCCAAAGGAGCAUUUCUCCAAAAGAACAAUCUGUUGUGUGGUCUGUGGAGCUGUGAGUGUUCAGACUGUUACGCCCAGCUCCAAUGGUGCGUUCACCAGAGAAAUGUGUGACAUCUACCAAGCUUCUGGAUUCUGAGCUUCUGGCUCUUGUCUGAAAUCACCUGAGGAAGAGCUGGAGUGCUGCAGUUUGAGCCGAAGAACUUUAACUGCUAGUGUGAUGAGUGAUCUGUCUCUGAGCAUCUGAUGACUGGAAAAGGAGGACCCAAACGCCUAAGAACUGUGAUUCUUAAACCGAGACAGCCCUGGCUCAAUCUGUUUUUGUAGCGUACUGGAAUUUCACUCCAUUUGUGGUACUCAAGCUAUGUCCCACUGUCAGCUCAGCAAACCGGAAUGUGUUGAUAUUUGGGUUCUUAUUGUGUAGGACCGAGUGUGAAUGUGUUAGGUCAUUGUUAGGUGGAUCUGCUGCUAAAAUGGUGAAAACUGCUUGCUAAGAGCUCCUGUUUAUGGCAUGCCUUGCAGGGAAAGCCCUUCCUUGAAAACUAUGGGCAGUGCAGAUCUGCCCCACUUCCACCCAAAACUGGUAGUGCCUUUGUUAGAAGAACCCAAGGGAGUUGCCCUUCGGGCCAGGGAACUCCCUGCUUGACCUUACCUUUCAGAUGAAGAUUGAGAAUGUCUUUGGGGUAAUGGCUCCUUUUUUUUUUGGUUAGCAAAUCCUCUAGAUGAGGGGACAAAACUGACACUUUACAAAAAGAAGGGGGCAGAAGGGAUAUCCAUAUCAAAUAGCGAGGACAAAUGGUUUUGCUGCCAGUCACCUGGUAGCUGAGGGUCUAGCUGCUGCUCUGAAAUCCCUCCCAAGGCAGCUGAGGGAGUGGUGUGAUCCUGGUGCUCACCUCUGGGAGGGCCAGCAUUUCUCAGUGCAGGGUGGGUGACGUUUCCUGGAGAAAUGUCAUCCCAGGUGCUGGCAGCUUCGUCUUGCACACGUGCAAAAGAUUUUAAAAAAUACAUAUAUUUUUAGUAAUGCUGUCAUGUGAACACAGCACUUGGAUGUGCCCUAAUUUCGUAUCAUUUGUAUCCUUUCAUGCCUCUUUUAGGUACUUUCUGCUUGUUUAGCUGAUGCAGAGAUGAAAGAGUUUGCUGCGUUCCUCUGUGAGGUAGCAGUAAUGGCUAAAUCUGGCCGUUGCUGCCCCUUGGGUGAUCAAGAGAGCUGAUUUGUUUGAUUCCUGGUAGCGUAGAUACUGCAUAGGCUGGCAGGUGUGUGCGCAUGCUGAUAACUUUCUCUGGCUGUUCAACUCCCUCUGCAAAGUUGUUUCUUGCAUUGUGCUGAAGCCAGGUAAGCUUGACUGUAUUUCAGUGAACUGAUGUGCCCUGGCUCAGCGUUUUGACUGACAGGUGCAUUGGCCUUUCUUUAUUCUGAGGCAAUUGAUCAUACUUCAGGCUCUGCUCUUCAUCGGACAGAUGGGUUUUGCAAUUUUGAAGUUUCCUUACCUUGCAAGAAUGGAUGGUUUUGGUUUUUUUUAAUGUUAAAAAGUUGAAUGAUUUUGGUGAAAGAGGGGACCUCAAGCUGUACGUCCUGCCAUAAAAAUAAUUUUGAUAGAAUUUGAUUUUGCUGUAAUGGUUAUUUAGAAUGUGAGCACGUAAGGAUGUGGAGGGAUACAUCCAGUGCACAUAAUGAGGUCCGUAUUCUGCUACUAUGUAGGCAAAUGGUAAUUUGAAGGCCUGGAGGGUGUGCCAGCCCAGUGUCUGUGUGCCACGUACAUGCUUUCAAGAGUCCUUCUGCUGGCUGUGGUUAAAGUGGUGGAGAGUAAAAAGGUGAUCGUGGGGCUGUAGUGUAGCAUUGCUGUCCGUUUUAUUCUGAUCCCAUAUUGGCUGGAGACGGGUUUGAGUUGUAAUCCAUGACCCUGUGUGGCUAUUUCCAUUUUCACUUGGAAGCAUCCUGCAUCUUGGAAGCAGUUGGUAGUCUGGAUUUGCUCUUCGCAGACCAAGACCUUACGUUCCUGCUCCAUUCUAAAUCGUUGUUAAAGGCAUUUUCUGAGAGGAGAAAACAAAGAUGCUGAUUACAGAUCUGAGACUCCUUCGAGGACAAAUCUAUUGCUCGGCACAGCUGUUGCUGAUCUCCAUUUCUCCUGGAAGAAUAAAUUGGAGCUGUCGCAGCAGGUUCUCCUCACAACGGUGGAACAGUGCACCCAUGGGCAAUCAGUGCGAGGUCAGUGCAGGCUUUUGGGAGGUGGAUCUUGCUAAUAAUAGUGGCUUUUAAAGCCUUGCGUUAGUUUCCAUAAUAAGAGAACAGUGCAGUAGUUGCUUCGGUUACGGUUUACUUUAUGUGUAUUUGAUACCUGUGUUGAUAGCCUGGUAGGUCUCUUUGCAACGGUUAGAUCUUCUAGUAAGUUUUUCAGAAUAGAUUUAAAUACAUGGAUGCAAACAGAUGCACAUGUGCUCUGAGCAUGCGAGACAGCUCCGGUCUGGGAGCUGCGCAGCUGCAUCAGUGCAGGGUUGUGCUUGUCUGAAUACUGUGCUGCUGCUCGGAGGAAUGUGUGUCUGUCCCUGGGCAGGCUGAUGCCUCACCAGCUACUGCUGCACUUUUCUUUCUCCAGAGUGAAUCAAGGUGUUAGUGGGAGGCUCUGUGGGCUCAGGCUGCCCUUCCUUGUUGGCCUGUGCAGGGCUCCUGCCGAUCCUUGCCAAAAGGCUGUUGGGAGUUGAUGGGCACAGGGUGAUGAGGACCACGAGUGGAGCGCGUGGUUCCCUGCGAUGCUGCGCAGUCACCAGCCUGCAUGGGUCACAAGUGACUGCUACAGAGUUCGCUUGAAACAAUCACUAUUGUUUAAGCCAAAGCCUAAUUUAAAAAGUUUACGUAAUUGCCUCUCUGAUCUUCUUGGAGGGCUGUAUCGAAUCCUCUACUGUUGAUAUUGAACUACUAGGCAAAUCGACUGGACUGUCUGCUGAGGUUAAUCAGAUUGACUGAGAGCGAUAUGAGCAUCAGCUCUCUAUUGUUAAUAACAUGCUUCUGUUUUGUUUCAUUUGUACGUGUGACUGGAAUGGGAUCUGCAGUGCGAAAGUGCUGGGAGAUGGACCUGUGGGCUGAGCAGAUUGCCAAGAAGUCAAUAAAACAGCACUUCAGUGCGUUGUGUUGUCUGUGCUCUCAGAAAUGGAGGAGCUAGUCUUUCACCCUCCUGCUUGAAUUGUUGAUUUAUUUUUAAAUAGCAACCAGUCCUGUAUUGAUUGAUUGUUUUACUUUCGUUUACAGCAUUCCCCCCUUCCAUUGUGUCUUGAAACAAACGAAAUAAAGCAUUCCGUUUCACCCGA